AGUGGAUAUUCACACUAGGCCUGGAGCGAGUUUCUUCUCGCUGGGACCAUGGCUCAAAUAAAUACUCUUCCAAAGGUCCCUGGACGGAUAGGGAAGCUGAUCAGUCGGAUGGGAAUACGGAGGCACAAGUAUCUAGAUCACUUCGACCAGGCUCCAGAGGUAUCAGUUUUGAGGAGGGAGAAAGACAAGCAUGCUAGGGAUACUAUGCUCACUCAACAGCAGAUUGGUUCCUUGUUUGGGGAGGAAGAGCGGAAUGCACUGUUGGAGUCAAAGAGGGAUGUUAGGAAGCUGGCUGCUGAGAAGGAGCAAGUGUUGAGAUCUACUGUUAAUGAGGGUCUGCGCGUAUACAGAGCGUUACGGCCGGAUGCCCUACCUUUCUACCAGGAAGAUGCUAUGCUCAGUAUGAAGGCGAAGAUGAACAGAUUGAACAUGAUGGAGAGCGGUAGAGGUGUCGCUCCUAAUCAGACAGGAGCUGUGCUACCUCGGGAUAAGCUACAGUUGAAAAAUGAAGUGGUCGACCCGUUCCAGUUCCAGUUGCCAGUAGUCAACCCAAAGGCCUUCCUGAUAGCACUGGAAGCUGCAUGCAGGAGUCUCUGUGAUGACCUGGAGUACAUAGCAUCGUGUUUGGGCAUAGACGCUGAGGAGCUACCAGCUCGAGACGACCCAUUGAGAUUCCAACGCUUAGUGGAAAGGGUCAUGUUUGCAUUCCCUUUACGGAAGGACCCCGCUUAUGUGGAUGAGUUUAUGCUCAACCAUUGGCCUAGGUUGAAGCAGUUGAUGCCCCCUGUCAUCGCUGAAUUGCCGGACAGUGAUGUCGCGGAGUGGCUGAGGGGGCACCUUCAACGUGUGAUUCACAAUCAGAAAGAGCAUAAGAAAAUAUGGCUGCACAAGGCACCUAAGAAGGGUACAGAGGAAUGGUAUAGUUUCGGUGAGGAUUUUAUAUAUGAUACGUACCCUUUACCGGCCACACUAGUGGAUGAUAGGAAUCUCGAAUUUCCAAUCCAAGACUCUGGCAAAUGGUUCGAGAGCUUUGCAAAGUUUUUCGAAUUCGAUCCUGAGGAGAACGGCCUUUUGGACCAGUUCAAGACUCUUGUCCACGAUCUUGAGAAGAUAGGCCUCGGCAAUUGGUUGAAGAUGAAUAUUGAGGAUAUUGAGAAGCAUAUACCUAAGGGGAAUGUGCCGUUGAUAAGACAGACGACACCAGGCGACAUGAAUGUGGCCAGCAUGAUGCUUAAGGCAGCGGCUAGAGGCAAACCCAACUUGUUAGAUUUCGAAGCUACAGAUCCGUAUAAACUCCUUCACGGCCUUCCUUCGAAAUCAAUACCUGAGGAGCUUGCGAUGCUGCCAGAGAAUCCAUACUUGUCGGACGAGCAAAUCGAUAAGCUUAUGGACCUUGGGGAUGCGUCUAGGGUCUUGGCAAUACAGCGGGAAAGGGACGAUGAUGAAUUUAAGGAGUUCGUCAGCAGCUUCUCGAAGACACCGGUAGAGCAAAUUAUUGAGAGUGAGGUCCAAAGCUACAAGACGAUGGGACCGGCUGUCCGACCAGAUGAGAACUCGGUUGACUGGAAGUGGAAACAACCACUGAACGCUGUCUAUGAUGCCCGUCGCCAGAUGUAUCUUCGACAACAGAAUGUUACGGAUCCCUUACUGAACUAUGAGGGUCUUAGGCAGCAUUUGAUGGCCGUCUCACGGUUGUGUUCUAUGGCCCCCAAUGGUCGGGUGUAUUACUAUCGAUGCAUACUGAUGGUGGGUAAUGGUAAAGGCGUGUAUGGCUUUGGUGUUGGUUAUGGCAAUACCAUCACUACUGCACGGGCUGAUGCCGCUAUGCAGGCUCUUAAGCGCCUCCAGUUCGUUGAUCUGGACAGUAGCCGAACACUGCAUGCUCCGGUGAUAGCGCGAGAGUACGGGCAGAAGUGCAAGAUACUACCCCUGCCCGCCGAGUCGGGCAUCCUCUGCAAUCGACGAUACUUGCCUUGGGUGUACAUCAUGGGAUUGCAUAAUGUGGAAUUGAAGUUUGAAGGAGAGCUCUCGUGGUUGUCGAGGACGAGGGCCAUCACUCGGACCACCAGCAUGAUAAUGAGUCGUCGAACUGUUGCUAAUGGUGAAGGCAAAAAAUAUGCCCAUUUGAUGGCCCCAGGGGACCAUUGGGUUCACUGGCCUGACCGAUGGUUUAAGGAAGUCCGCAGACGGUAUGACCAGAAGGGCCAUAUGAUACGCCACGAACGGAGGCAUCUUCUCCAUGGUAAAAAGCGGGGUAAUAUCCUCGUGUCACCACUAGAGGUUCGGCCAGGAUUCACUAGAUUUGGCUGGCAGCCGGUGAUGAACAAAUGGCAGUGGCAUUUGAAUAAACGGAGACAACAGUUUAAUUUGGUGAAGUCACUGACCACCGAGGAGAACGUAUUGUUCCCCACUCCGGGUUCAGGAAGGUUCAUGGCCCCUAAGAGUAAAACCGAUGUUCGUGGUAAUGCGUGACAUAUAGCAUGAUUGUUUCUCGCGCCUACAA